UCUGCAACCUCUGUCAUCUUCAAAGGGGCCCUACCACCAAACACAUCUUUACCUCCCCCCGCACUCUCCGCCUUCCACAGGGAUCCAUGAUUCACUGGCCCCUUCGUCCCUCCCCACCGAUCUUCCUGACACUUAUUCCAGCAGGUGGAAGAAGUGUCCAUUCACCUCCACUCAGGACCCCAGACAGCCCUUCCAGGCAAGGCAACACUUCAGCUGUGAAUCUGUUGAAGUCGUCUACUGUAUCUGGUGCCCCUGAUGCAGCUUCCUCUACAUUGGUGAGACCCGACAUAAAUUGGGGGACGGCUUUGUCGACUCCUUUGCUCCAUCCAUAAGAAGCAAGAUUUCCUGUUUUAAUUCCAACCCCCACUCUGACAUGAUGGUUCAUGGCUUCCUCUACUGCCAUGACGAGGCCAGUGUCAGGUUGGAUGAGCAACACCUCAGAUUCUGUCUGGGUAGCCUUCAACCUGAUGGCAUGAAAAUCGGUUUCUCUAACUUAUGCUAAUUUUCCCCUCAACUCUUGGUCCAAUUCCCCAUUCUGGCCCCCUCUUACCUCUUCCCUUCCAACCUGCCUAUCACCUACCUCCCCCUGCUGCCCCUCCUUCUAUUUCUCCCAAGGUCCAUUCUCCUCCCCAACAGAUCCCUUCUUCUCCAGCCCUUUACCUCUUCUACUAUUCGCCUCCCUGGUUCAAAUUUCACACCAGGUAUCCUGCCACCACCCAGUUCUCAUCAUGUUUGAAACACCAUUACUGUUAUACUUUUUUAACCUGUAUCAUAAUUUCACCUAAUUAUUUGUGGUAAUAUUACUUGUGUGUGAAUUAUAUGUACCGAGUGGUGCAGGUCGCCUGGAGAAAUAUUUAAUUUAGCGGUAAACACGUGAACAGUUGAAUGACAAUAAACUGAACUUGAACUUGUUAAUAAAGCUGAUUCUUAAUCGGAUUCUAGGGGGCGGGGGAACUAGCAAUCGACAACAGUUUGAUCUUGUCAAUAUUCUGAACGUUUCUUGCAACAAGUUCAGCUGACGGAAAGUCCUAAACACCGCCACAUUAACUCUGGUUCGUUUUUCAAGAGCUGCUGUCUGAGUUUACGGUAUCUUUGUGGCCUCUUUGUCUUGCUGAUAUGGGGCAGUGAGACACGAACCAGAUAAUUUGCUGUGGGUACACGUCACGUACAUUAGUGUCGGGCUCGGGGAGUCUCUGCAGCGGCCACUGCCUGCACAUUUUAUAAAUAUCUCUACGUUACAGAAAAUGUAUAUUCCAUAUUAGGUAAAUAGAAACCCGGCAGAGGCAUGUGAAACUCUUAGAUGUCAGGGGACAAUUCAUCAUGAUCAUGUGUUUAAAUGCAUCACAGGGGUUAAAAAGACGGAAACUUUUACACGUUAUCAGCUGAAUCCGAGGAAAUGACAUUUGGAUGGGCGUCAUGAGAAGCAAUUUCAGGGGAAGACGAUUCUGUAGGAAUCUUGAGCAACACAAGAAAGCUGACGGAACUCGGCAGGUCAGGCAGCGUCUAUGGAGAACAAAGAGCCGAGGUUGCGGGCCGAGAUUUCUUCAGGACAAAGUUUCUGAGAAGUUUGGUCAGAAUCGAUGCGGAGCGGUACGCUAGGUGGCGCUCAAUGUCAUCACUUUCCUGCCCAAGGCGUUCAAGGACUUUUCCGCCAGCGCUCCGCCCCCCUUUCUGAUUGGCUCCUGAACACCAUGGAAACCGGAUCUCUCCCCGUCAUUAAUGAGCCACGUUCGCCGGGUUUACGGUGGGGCCCUCAGUCAUUGGCCGCACAGCCUUUCAAUCAGGCAGCGGUUCAACUUCCGCUCAUAAAGUUCGCGCGACGGGCUCGGCGUUCGCCUCUGUCGGUUGGGAACUGAGUUUGCUCCGUGAAAAGUGUCCCGGGCGGUUGCUGAGGGGCAAUUACACAAAACGAAUCAGCUCGUACCCGCCUUUUCUGAGCCACCAUGAGCCGGCCGACGGGGAGAGCGUGAGAAGUGAAACUCGAGGAAAAAGUUGGGCGAGUGAAGCGCCGGUCGGAGCCGGAGGAAGGCGGCGGUUGAGGCGGGCGGGCGGGCGCUCGCUCGGAGGCCAGGCCGAGGCUCGGCAGCAGAGCGGAGCGGUCACCAUGGACUUCAAGACGGCGGUGUUCAACGCGGCCCGCGACGGCAAGCUGCGGCUGUUGCAGAAGCUGCUGACGGCCAAGAGCCCCGACGAGGUGUCGGUGCUGGCGGCCGAGAAGACCAACGGCGCCACCGCGCUCUUGAUGGCGGCCCGCUACGGCCACCUGGACGUGGUGGUGUACCUGCUGGAGGAGUGCGGCGCCAACGUGGAGCUCGGCGGCUCCGUCAACUUCGACGGCGAGACGAUCGAAGGGGCGCCGCCGCUCUGGGCCGCCUCGGCCGCCGGCCACUUGCCGGUGGUGAAGUCGCUGCUGGAGCACGGCGCGUCGGUCAACAACACCACCCUGACCAACUCGACGCCGCUCAGGGCCGCCUGCUUCGAUGGCCACCUGGACAUCGUCAAGUACCUGAUCGAACAUCACGCCGACAUGGAGGUGGCGAACCGGCACGGACACACCUGUCUCAUGAUCUCCUGCUAUAAGGGCCACCGCGACAUCGCCAAGUACCUGCUGGAGAAAGGGGCUGAUGUCAAUAGGAAAAGUGUCAAAGGGAAUACAGCUUUGCAUGACUGUGCUGAGUCUGGGAGCCUGGAGAUCAUGAAGAUGUUGCUUAAAUAUGAAGCCAGAAUGGAGAAGGAUGGUUAUGGGAUGACUCCGCUGCUUUCUGCUAGUGUAACUGGUCAUACCAACAUUGUGGACUUUCUAACCCAGCACCCGCAAACAAGUAAAACUGAACGCAUUGAUGCCCUGGAGCUACUAGGAGCCACAUUUGUCGACAAGAAGAGAGAUUUGUUAGGAGCAAUGAAAUACUGGAAGAAAGCCAUGGACAUGCGAUAUAGUGAUGGGGCUAAUAUCCUUGCUAAGCCAGAGCCACAGCAGUUGAUAAUGGCUUAUGAUUAUGCCAAAGAAGUGAUAUCAGUAGAAGAACUGGAAGCAUUGAUUGCUGAUCCAGAUGAGAUGAGAAUGCAGGCAUUGUUAAUCAGAGAAAGGAUACUGGGUCCUUCACAUCCAGAUACAUCUUACUACAUAAGAUACAGAGGUGCUGUUUAUGCUGAUUCUGGCAAUUUUGAGCGGUGCAUCAACUUGUGGAAGUAUGCAUUGGAUAUGCAACAGAAUAAUCUCGAUCCUCUGAGUCCAAUGACAGCAAGCAGUUUGCUGUCUUUCGCUGAGCUUUUUUCUUUUAUGCUGCAAGACCGGACAAAAGGAGUCUUGGGAACCUCAGUAUCUUUUAAUGAUUUGAUGGGGAUAUUGAGCAAAAGUGUCUUUGAAAUAGACAGAGCCAUGAAGCAGGAGCAAGCCCCGUCUGACUUGACCCAGUUGAGCAAAGCCCUGUCAAUAAUCUUGCAUCUAAUCUGUUUGUUAGAGAAGGUGAAAUGUACCUCUGAACAAGAAUAUCUCAAGCGGCAAACUAUCUACAGAUUUCUAAAACUGAACUCUCGAGGAAAGACUGGGUUUUCACCCCUUCAUCUGGCUGUUGAUAAAGAUACUACUUCUGUAGGUCGUUAUCCGGUUUGUAAGUUUCCAUCUCUGCAGGUGACUGCCAUGUUGCUGGAGUGUGGAGCAGAUUUCAAUGCAAGAGACUUUGAAAACAACAGUCCACUGCACAUUGCAGCACGUAACAAUCACCCAGAAAUAAUGAAUCUUCUCAUUAAAGCAGGUGCACACUUCGACACCACAAACUGCCAUAAGCAGACAGCCUGUGAUUUACUGAAUGAGAAGGAAAUGGGGAAAAACUUGAUCCAGCCAAUCAACCACACAACUUUGCAAUGUCUUGCUGCCCGUGCCAUUGUAAAAUACCGAUUAGUUUAUGAAGGUCAGAUUCCAGAAAAACUAGAGGCUUUCAUUUUACUUCACAGAUGAUUCACACAUUAUUUGGAAAUCUGUAAAUAUUUGUAAGAAAUUAGUCAUGUGCUUUAGUUCAUCUGUAUGCUAAAGGAUGUUGAAUGGAUUCAGCAGCUUUUAGUGAAUUAUGGCUGCAUGUUAUUUUUGCUGCCUUGGUCACCUUGCACCCAGUUCAUGCACAGUGAUAAUGCAUGUAUGGAAAGUAUAUUGUAUCUGUUCAUACGUAUUUUAAUAGAUAAAAAUGUAUGCUGCUUUGCUUUUGGUUAUACUUUGGAUUGAUUAGUUUGCAGUUUUAACAAACUCUAAACUUUGUUAUACUAGUGGAAUUGUACUUUCAACCUGUCUAUAAGUAUCUCUACUGGUGUGUUAUGCAAUGUUCAGUUUCUUAAAACAAAAUCAGGUAUGUCAUUUUGUUUUGAUACUGCAUAUUGUGGACCAUUUUGUUCUGCACACUGUCACAGCUAGCUUUAACAUUGUUAAUACCUUAAGUGCUUUUAAGUUUCCAGUGAAGUGACUUGGAGAAAGGACUGCUCUGUUAACACGCCACUAUGCAGAACCUGGAACUUGAUUGGAUGUUGGAUAUAUUUCUCAUGCUCGUAGUGUGUAUUCACUUAGUUUAAAAAGUUUUUUAUUAAAUCAAACUGCUUAAGGCAUUUCAGACACUUUGCUGUUGGAAGUACCUAGGGGCUCUUUGUAUAUAAAUAGGGCUUUCACCCUUAAAUUGCUGCAUUUGACUUAUUAAAAUGUCUAUUAUCAGGGGGGUUAUAAGCUGCCAUCAAAGGAGUCUGCAACUCAAGUUAAUGCAUCCCCAUCUUAAGAUCCAGUUCUUUUGAUGGCUUUUUAUGGGAAGCUUAAAAUUUAUUUUCUUUAUUUUGAAGUCAGCCUGCCUCCUGUGGGGUAUUUAUAAUUGCCACCUCUGCAUCAGAAAUUUGUCUGAUAAAUAGCAUCCACUUUACUGUCAAACAGAAAGGAUUACUUUUUUGAAAGUUGUUGGAUUCAGAUAGUCACUGUAUUUCUGCACUUUACUGAUAGAAAUAAGAAUGGCACAUUGGCCACGUAUGUCUUAAAAGAAGCGUUCACAAUAAAAUGCAAAACUCUGCACUUGCCUAUGCUAGUGUCAAAUUGUUCAGCCAGCUGAUGUCUGUGGGUGCAGAGAUUUAAAGUAUUGCUGUUUUGAUUUACUAGUAGCAUCAUUUAAUCUAUAGAUGUCUUGAACACAACUGGAAUUCAUUUACUUGUAUUGACUAACAGUAAGAUAUUCAGUACAAGUGGGAGAAAAUUGUGUACAUUUGUUGAUUUCAGCGCUUUAGUUUAUUUGAAGCUUCCCUAAACUAAGGACGGGUAUUGGCACUCUGGAGCUUUGAGUUCUUCACUUGUCUCAGCUCUGUGCUGAAAUAAACUUAAAGUAACAUUUAUGAGUUAUGUUUGAAUUACAUAAUUUUUCUCCAUAAUUUGCUUUGGUUGAAUGCAUUAUCUUUAUCAUUUUCUGUGGUCAUUAAUCUCGACCCUUUUUUUUUUCAAACCAAGCCCUGUGUUGGGUACACCUUUGGCAUUUUAUUGAAUUUUCUACAGAUGCAUUGAUUACUAUUCUUAAGAUUAGCUUCUAACAUUAUUAAUGAUCAAACUCCUAUUUGAAACAGAUGACUGUGAGAAGAGUCUUGGCAACUAUCAUUGCCAAAACUAUUGGUUUUGUGUGGCUUUAUGGGGUAUCCAGUAUUGAGUCCUUUUCAUUAAGGGACUUGUUUGUGGGUUGUGUUGAAUUUCGAGCUUAUCACUUAUGUAAUGCUUCUGUAUGACCUUGCUGAUCUAUAUUGUCUUAAUCUUGUUUAAUUUUGCUGUAUUUUUGCACGUUAACUUCCUCCCAGACUUGCAAAAUUCCUCUGAAAGCAACAUUGUUUUAACUGUCAUCUUCUAUGCACUUUUUUCUUCAUGGUUUUUAGCAGUGCCUUGGGAUAUCAAGGUCUUGGUUCUGAAACCAAUUCUUGCAUGCUUUCACAUCAGAAUUUGUAAGUAUAGUAGAUAGAAAAUUUUGCUACAAGGUUGUAAUUAUUACAAUGCACUUGCACCUUACACCUUAAAGACAUACUUUUCCAUUGAAACACAUUUACAAAACUGUCGCCCAAGUGUUUUUGCUCAAUUUAUAACUAAAACUGCAUAGUACAUGCUAAAUUAUUAGUAUUUAUAUUUGUCAAGCUGCUACCUGUAAGUGUAAGGAGUUUGUAUGUUUUUCCCCUGACUGUGUGGGGUUCCUCUGGGUGCUUUGCUUUCCUCCCACAUUCCAAAGACAUAUGGGUUAGUAGGCUCGUUGGGCUGGAAGGGCCUGUUACCGUGCUGUAUCUCUAAAUAAAAAUAAAAUUUCUAUAAUUUGGUGUGAA